AUGGACUUGAAUCCCGACAAAUGUUUUGUGAUGACAUUUGCACGUUCUCGGUCAGCUCUUGAGUAUGGUUAUGCUGUUGGAGGUGCCCAUCUGAAGCGAGUGGAGAGUGCAAAGGACCUUGGAAUAAUAAUGGUACCUAAUCUUGACCCUCGGGAGCACUUGCAACAUAUUUCUAAAAAAGCCAACGCUUCCCUUGGAUUUGUCAUAAGAGCCUCACGUGAUGGUCUUUCUGUUCCCUCAUUGAGACAUAUCUUCAUCUCGCUGGUCAGAUCACAUCUGGAGUAUACGUCCGUGGUGUGGGCUCCUUUCCAGAAAAACCAUUGUGACCUACUGGAAAGAAUUCAGAUCAGAUUUUUGAAGGCAGUUGGAGUCCGGCUGGGAUUUAACUAUAGGGAGGUUCCGGUGACAACGCUAAGGGAUGCUCUUGGACUGCCCCUGCUGGAGUCAAGAAGAAGGUAUCUGGACCUGAUGUUUCUGCACAGACUUCUAAAUGGUAGUAUCGACUGCCCCGAUCUCCUCGGCAUGGUGGAUCUGCGUGUUCCAGUCGGAGGCACCAGGUCAAGAGACCUCUUUGGAGAGACACAUCAGCUAACCAGCUACGGCUACCACAGUAUCAUCCCUCGUUUACUGAGACAUGGGAACUCUGUUUCAGCACAGGCCGACUUCUUUGGCUCUUCACCCACUACCUUCAAGGAAAACAUAUUACACUCGUGA